UUCGUUGAGUGUGAGUUUUCUGGAAAAAUCUCGAAGUAAUGUCUGUUUCAAAUGGGUUUUUACCAUCUGAGGACAGCUCUACUGUUUUCACUGAAUUGAAGGAAACAUUUCCUUUGUACGAUACCGAAAAAUUAAGAACUGUAGAGCUGAUGGAAGGUUCGCAGGGAGUUGUGAAAGUUAUAGAGCGUUUCGGGAAAGUAUUUGCACCGGUUGUAUUUGACAUGAAUAGAAAUAUCGACAAAAUAAAUUCUAAAUACAGAACAGAUGAGACGAAUUUCGAAUUUAUAGAAGAUAUGGUGUUAUCAGAAAAGGAGAAUGAUGGUGUGGUUGUUACUGAUGCUUUACAGUGGUUGAGACGUGCCUUGCAUUUCGUAUCAAGGUUGUUCCAUCAUAUCUUGGACAACCAUGACAAUGGUUCAAUUACUUCGGACUUAACACCAAUGCUGAAAAGGGCAUAUUCUGAAACAUUAGAACCAUACCACGGAUGGUUAGGUACUCAAUUAUUCAAUGUGAUGUCAAGAUUUGCCCCAACAAUUCACUGCCUUUAUUACACCCUUGCUUUAGACAAACACAACAAAGUUGAGCAUGUUAUAAGAGACAUGAGGGUUCUCACUGACAAGAUUGAUGGCUGUGUUGAAAAGCUCAGAAAGUUUUACGAGGAUAACAACCUUGAAACAUAUUAUAGAGCAUGAUCUGACUUAAAAAGCUUUGUAUGAUUUGUGUAUGAAAUUAUAUGAAAUUCUCAGAAUAUUUGAUUCCUAAUUCAAGUUGUUAUGUUUUGUAAUUUUUUAUAGUUUUUUAAAUAAAUGUUAUUUAUUGGAUA